AGUUAUAAAAACUCUAAUCUCAACGCGCAUAAUGAUAGUAAAUUAAAUUUAAAGCGUAUGUGUCACCCUAUUAUUAAUUCGUCCACUUUUUAUUUACUGAUAGAAAAUAUACAAUAUGGCAUUACAUCCUUUUCCGGCUGUGACUACACUUAUUUCGAUUAUAGCUAAAAUAUUUCGGGUAUAAUUACAUAGUGAAUACUUAUAAAUUUACAACUUACCUACUCCUAAAGAAAAUAUAUAUUUGCGAAAUUUUAUGUCAGCUGGCUUGGUUGCCAAAUCAGCUGUUUAAUGUUUACAUUUACGUAAACAACGAAUUAACUGUAUCUUCCCGUUUUCUCCAAAAUAUUCGGUAAAAGUAAUUAAAAUGGUAAAAGUGGAUGUCGAAUAUUGUCCAAAAUGCAAUUUCGAGUGGCAAUGCAAAAUGUUGCAAAAUUUUCUGCUGCAACAGCAACCAGAUACGGAAGUAGUAUGCUUCAAGGGUCGACAGGGCUCUUUUGAAGUAAAGAUAGAAGACAAUUUGGUACAUUCCAAAUUACAGUCAUUCGCCUUUCCCAAUCAUGAAAGUGUUUUGGAAAAUGUGCGCCGAGCAGAAAAAGGUCUACCAGUUGAAAAAGUGAAAGAACAACCAAUUGAUAAUUGUAUAUUAAUGUGAUCAAUAACCAAAGUAGCUUUUUAACACCACUUGCACAGAAAAAAGGAAGAUUUUCAAAAUAAUUUGGCAUACAAAACGAGCAACUUUGCAUUGGAAUGGCAUAAAACUGAAGGAUAAGCAUUAUGGAAGCUGUCUAAUAUAAAAAUAAAAUUUUAAGUCAAAUAAGCAAGGCAUUUCG